GGGUUAAAGUUCAGUAGAUAACCAAGCUGCUUGAGAUGAGAAGCACUUGCAUUUUUCUAGAGUCUCCCACUCACCUCCACACCCUUGACCAAAGUGGGUUUACUACGAAGACACCCACUGGGGCCGCCAGACACAGGAAGUGGGUGCUUCUGAGCAAACCCUCGGAACGCCUCAGGCACCCCUUCCUGCCGCCGCCCGGGGGGGGGGGUGACGAAUGUGGCAAACGGGCACCUGCCCAGAACGAGGGAUGAGGCGCUACACAGAAGAGCACGUCUUCCUCCUGAGACUUCUCAACGGGCUCACGCUGGGAGACAGCCUUUCGUACCCAAGGGUGAGAUGCUACCCGAGGACAUCAGUAACUCGGAACCACCUACCCAGGCCCGGCAGAGUUAUUCUUGUGUGCUCAGGAGUAGCGCAGCCCGGGAGGCAGUGCCUGCCCCACGGCCAGGGCCCUGGACACAGUGACUGAGUUCCAGGGUCACUGACAUCUCGUGCAAGAUCAAGGGAGGCCCUGCGUUUCUGGAAAGCGUAUGGGCCUUUGAAUCAGUUCAUUUGUUUAUUCACUAAGUCUUUUUUUAUUUUAAAUAAGCUGCAUGAUGUUUGACAGCUUAACAUUCUUUUUAUUUAUUUAAAUAUUUAUCUUUAGAGGAGAUGGGAGGAAGAGAGGGAGAGAAAUACCAAUGUAUGGUUGCUUCUCAUGUGUCCCCCGCUGGGAACGGGCCUGCAACCCAGGCAUGUGCCCUGACUGAGAAUUGAACUGCGAUCCUUUAGUUCACAGGCCCGCACUCAAUCCACUGAGCCACACCAGCCAGGACUAGUCACUGAGUCUUUAUUGAGCACCUACUAUGUGCAGGGCAUUUUGUUUGGUGCUUGGGAUAUAAUAUUGAGCAAAACCACGCAUGAUCCCAGCCCUCUCGGAGCGUCCAUGACCUUGGGGAAUCUUCAAAGGGACAUAAACUUUAAUCAAUCUCACACAAGUGUAAAACUGCAUGUUACAAGGACCGCCUGUGAUGAAGUGCAUACUGAGAUGGGAACUGGUUAUGGAGGUCAAGGAAGGGGUGGGCAUCCAAGCUGAGACCUGAAAGACGCACAGGAGUUAACUGGGCAAAGUGGGAGGGGAGAGCAUUGCAUGCAGAGGGAACAGCCUGUGCGAAGCCCUGGGGCGGCCGUGAACAUGGCCAUCAUCCCGUGUGACCACAAGGCGAGGCAGGCAUGGCCGGGCGCCUGAGAGGGCGGUGCCCGCCCGGGGCCGCCACAGAGCUGGGGAGGUGGCUGUGCGGAGAGGCGGACCCUGUGAACAAGUUUCAACUUUGUCCUGAGAGCAGUGGGGAGCCACCGCGGAGUUUUAGGGUGGAUAGGUUAGCAGGAGAAUACUUGGGGAAUUUUGAAACACCUCACCGUAGCGGCAAUGUGGAGACUAACAGGUGGCGCCGGUACAGAGGCGGGCAGACCUGGGAAGAGACUGCGUCAGGGCUCUAGGUGCAGAGGGGCGUGGAGACGGGCAGAGCCUGGUGUGGGACUGAGCUUGGAGUGGGAGUCGGGGGUGUGGGGGAGACACCACGGACCCGGCUCGGCUUCCUGCUGGCACCCACCUGGAGUACAGCCCGUCGGCGGAGAGGUGCAGAUCUGGGAGUUAGAGAGACUGUGCUCCGUUCUGGACAUGCCAAGAAUGAAAAGGCAUUCGGUGGGCAGUGGGAUUCCAGGUGUGGAGCAGAGAAGAACUGUGCUGAAGAUCCCUGCGUCAUGUAAUCAGCAUCGCAAAGGCUCGAGUGGCAAAUUCCAGCGCCCACUGGAGAAUGCAGAAAUUGCUUGCACCCCCUCCUCAACGCAGCUUUCCACCAGCAGAAAUAAAAUUCAACUCGGCCACCUCUAGCCACCUCACUAGUCCAGCAGAUGAGAGAUUGGUUCCAUGAGGCCUCUUUGUCCCCACCACCAACCCUGGGACCAGGGAACUGCUGUGAGUAUUUCUAUAAAUGGAACGGCUGCGUCACAACUUAUGUACGACAACUUCAAUGCAUAUUUUAAAGAUCAUUUUUCAUCAGUGCCAUCGAACUGUCCUCCGGGAAGGUUGUUCCUGUUCACAUCAGAACCGGAAUCUUUGACCUUGACUCAGAAAAUGGCAAAGAGACCAGGAGGAUGCCUCCCAAUGGGAAUGAGGUGAUUGCCGUGGACUGGAAGGGUCUGAAGGAUGUCGACCAAAUUAACAUGGACAGCACCAGCUCGCUGCACGGAAGCAGCCUCCACCGGCCGUCCGCGGAGCAAACCCGAACCGACUUCUCCUGGGACGGCAUCAAUCUCUCCAUGGAGGACACCACUUCCAUCCUGCCGAAGCUUAAGCGAAACUCCAACGCCUAUGGCAUUGGCGCCCUGGCCAAGUCCUCGUUCUCAGGGAUUUCGAGGAGCAUGAAGGACCAUGUGACGAAGCCCACAGCCAUGGGGCAAGGCCGGGUGGCCCACAUGAUCGAAUGGCAGGGCUGGGGGAAGGCACCCGCCAUCCAGCCCCAGCACAGCCACGAGGCCGUGCGCAGGGACACCGAUGCCUACUCUGACCUCAGCGAUGGCGAGAAGGAGGCGCGUUUCCUCGCAGGCGUCAUGGAACAGUUCGCCAUCUCCGAGGCCACACUCAUGGCCUGGUCCUCCAUGGACGGUGAGGACAUGAGCGUCAACUCUGCCCAGGAGCCAUUGGGCUGCAACUACAGUGACAACUACCAGGAGUUGAUGGAGAGUCAAGAUGCGCUCACUCAAGCCCCCUUGGAUGGAUGGCCUCACUCCUACGUGUCUCAGGGCAUGUACUGUCUGGGGUCAUCGGAUGCCUGGGAAGCAAGUGACCAGUCCCUCAUUGCCUCUCCGGCCACAGGCUCCUAUCUCGGCCCUGCAUUUGAUGACUCCCAGCCAAGCCUGCAUGAGAUGGGGGCUUCCCAGCCUGCCUCGGGAUACUCUGCUCCGGAGCCUCCGCCUCUGCUGCGGGGAGACAGCGACUGGGCUCCAGGGACGGGCAGGGUGGACCUGGUAGGGGGCCCUGCAGAGGAGGAGAAGAGGCCGCUGGCCCCCGAGGAGGAAGAGGAUGCGGGAUGCAGGGACCUGGAGUCACUUUCCCCACGGGAAGACCCCGAGAUGGCCACCGCUCUCAGUCGGAAGGUGUCCGAUGUGACCUCCUCAGGGGUGCAGUCGUUUGAUGAGGAGGAGGGCGAGGCCAACAACUAGCUUCUUCCCACUCGAUGCCCUACCUUCCACUCCCUCCUGAGGGGCACGGCUGCAACACUGUCCUCCCUUCCCCCAGCAGUACAGCCAAAGCCCGGGCGGAAGAUGGCGAGGAAUGCGGGAGCCGCCAGUCCUCGCCAGGAAAAUGGAGGGCCAGGAUGGGAUUCCAUCCAGGCUUGUGCUGUGGAAACCACAGGUCCGGGGACUGAGGCCCAGGCCACCAGAUGGCUGUGAACUUGGCUUGGCCUCGGGCUCCCGGGUCUGUGAUGCAGAAGCUCCAGUUUGUAUCCUGGGGACAGGAGUGCAGCGCGGCUGGUGGCCGUCGACUAGGCCUCAGUUUUCCACACCCUGAUUUCGUCUUCCAGGAGCUUUGACUGUGGCUGUCUGAACGCCUCCCUUCUUCAUGUCACUCCUGCUUUUCCUGACUCUGUGUGUUCUCUGGCUGUGGUCCCAGCUCCACCCUCCUGUGAAGACCAAACCUCAGGGGCUGGACAUGGCCUGACGCGCGCAGGGGAAACCACGUCUUCUUGGAUGAUGGAGAGUCUGCCCUCGGUGGGUAGCUCGGCUUCUGAGCUCAGGAGUCCCGGGGAAGGUGGACGUGAAGCUGGAGUGCACAUGGGCACAAACGGGGGUCUUUUAUGUGGCCCACCCAGAGACUGGAGAGUUGCGGAUGGGACCAAGGACAAACCUGGCCACCUGUUCUGGGAUCUUGAAUAUCCCGUGACUGAAAGGUGGGUCCGAGGGGUCUGGGGAAGGACCCAGCGGGCUGGCUGCUCCAGCUCUUGCUUCCUUUGUCUGCCUUCUUCCAUCCCCUGCUCCAGGAGCUCCCACCCAGAGGGGGGAGCACAGAACGCAGGUGGCCUGCCAGGCAGGGAAGCGUGAAGUCUGUGCCUCCCUCCAUCCGCCCCCAAAUUCUCUGGAGCUGUUUACACUUUUCUCUUUGCCUUUUCUACAUUUUUAUAACUUCUUGGGGACUCAGGUUGAGUGGGGUGGAGGGGGGAGUCUGGUGCUGUGAGGCCCCCGCCCGGGGGACACUCGGCCCUUUUUCUCCUCCUUCAGCUCCUCCCAGGCCCCUUCCUGGGCCUCCUACAGAGAGGGGAUCAGUCUUCUUCCUUCUAGGAUGGGUUUACAGGGAGGCAGAAGCCCCUGAAACUGCUCGCCCUCCCACACCCAGUGUCCAUUUCGGUGGGGACGUCUGUCUGCAGCACACAAAGCCCCCACAGUUGUGUAAAUGAUCCUGACGGCAGGGACGGGCCAGAGCAAAGAAGUGGCAGCUGUGGAGCACACAGUGGGGCCCUGGGCCCUGGCUCCUGGCCCUCGGAGAAUCCGGGUAGGAGAGAGACACUGAGACGUCCAUGCCUGCCUUUCCUCUUGCCUCAUCUAAGGCUGUAGGUCAGGGUCCCGUGUUCUACCCCAAAGGUUGGCGGGGGUUCUGUUGCUUUUGUCCUCUGCCAGGAAGGGUGCACAUCAUCUCUCCCAGACCCUGGGCGCAAACUACCUUAUCCCUACCCGUCCCCACAUGUCUAUUUCUUUGGAAGGAGGAGGUAGAAUGGUGGCGUUUCUGUCCAUCUGUGGCCCCCGUUUCCCCGCCCCACAUCAAGUUCACAUGCUCAUGUGAUGAUGCAACGUGGUCCUGAAAUGCAACCCAGGCCGGGGUCCCGCGUCUUCGGGGGAGGGGAGGUCGGGUCUUGGAGGAAACACGGGUUAGCGUGGCACGCACAGGCGGUGAAGAGUGGCUUACCUCAUCCAGAGCUGUCCCUUGUGUUUCAUCAUGUGACCUGCGUUGGGCACCAGAAGCUCUGAGAAGUGGCCUUGUACCCUCAGCCUGCGCUCCUGCCGCGGGACUUGGGGUUUUGCAUGCUCCCAGCUCCCUGCGCCCGGGGAGCCCGUCUCCGCACCUUGGGCAACCUGCUCUCUGGAUAUGCCACCUUUUCCUCUUAGUCUCUUCCCCUUCCUGCCCCUUAUUCUGCCCCAGCCCGCAGUGGACGUCCACUCCAGCAAGUGGGCUCUUUCAUGUCGGUGUUGCUCAGGGCCCUGAGGGGUUGGGGCAGGUAGAGGGAAUUAGCGCGCUUUCCUCCCUCCCCACUGGAGGAAGCCCGUUUUCAGGCAGGCCCUGCUGAAAGAUGACUGAAUUGUCAAGGAAUCUGGGUGACUGCAGACAGCAGUGGGGGUCCACAUCCCCAGUGCUGGCGGCUGGCACGUGCGCAGACCACGGUCAGCUGGGGGUUUGCAUUUGCAAGGAGCUCCCCUCCCACUCUGAAGAGGGGGAAGACCAGGGAGCUGGCCCGGGACCCUGUUAGGGCUCUGGAGGGAGAAGCUGCCUCCUGGGUGCUGGGGGCAGGGUGCAUGGGGUUUGCUUCUAGCCUAUUUGGGGGGAGGGAAGGGGCAUGUGCUGGAACAGGCUGUCGGGGGUGAGGGAGGGUUGCUUUUCCUUUGGGGUUAAAGGCUGUGCAGCACGAUUUACAACAGCCCCGGGACAGGGCUGUGUUUGUAUUAUUGUGAAUGAAACUGCUCUUGCUAAAUGAUUUUUCUUGGGGGGGAGGGGUGCACUUUUAUUUUUAAUUCACUUGAUUAAGGAAAACCCGAAUCUCCCAUUCCUCCCCUUCCGCCUGGCCCCGCCCCCUUCCUCCUCAUCCUUGUGUGAAGGAGGGAAACGUGGUGAAUGUGUUGACCUUUGCCCCGCCCCCGUCCACACAGCCCGUGCGUCUGCGCGCGCCCGUCUUCCAGGUCUGGGAAGAUCCACUUCUACGGCCAGUCUCAGCAUGUUUUCUUAAUGUGACAUUUCCCCCUCCCAGGCCCGAGAGAGAGUCUAUGGCAUAUAUUAGAGAGAAUUAUAUAAAUAUAUAUAAAUAUUAUAGAUUAUAUAUACACGCAUGGGCAGUGGGCUCGGAUGCCCACUGCCAACCUCCUCCCCAGGCUACAGCCUCUCUCUUGGCCUGGGGAGGGGGAGGGGUGUAACGCCGGAGAGGGCUCCAGACUGUGUUCACUGGCACUAAACAGAAUGUGGUGGCAUCCUCUGACUAUGUGCGUCUUAUUUGGGGGAUGACGGAGACCGGG